ACAUUAUCGACAUUGGUAAUAAUGUUAUGAUAACGUAAAUAAAAGGAGCUCGAUAAUCGUGAUAUUCUACAGACACAAAACUUGAUAUCACUUAUUAGCGGGGAUAUGACUUUUGGUUAAGGGACUUUCUCUUAAUAAUUCCGCCGCUCCAUGUUAGUGUUAAAGGGCGCAGACGUAGAAAACUGGAAAUACACAAACUAAAUAAUAUUAUAUCACCGAUAAGCCCUGGACGAAUAAAUCAUUCAGGAUGCAGCAUCUGCAGGCUUCCUUGCUUUUCGGCGUGGCAUAGUUUGUAUCCAACGGGAUGGUGCGCUGUAGCGGCAACGACGUGCCAAGUCUCAACUGUCGGUAUGGGCCGCCAGGGAACCCCAGUCUCCAGUGCUACACCAACAUCGACAUCCCCGGAAACUUUGACGCCAUGAAGAUUCGCAAGGAUGUCCAGGAGAUCAUCUUCUCCGGUAGAACAACCAACAUUCUCCGCUGCGAUGCGCUGCCGCUGCCGGCCGACCUCACCGCACUACGCGAGAUCACUUUGUCCGCAUUCACCAAUGAGUACAACUCGCGCAUCGCCAUUAAGCGUUUCCUCGACAAUGUCAAGGGCCAGCUCGUGGAGCUACAAAUCGGCAACAGCAAAGUGGGCUACCUCGAAGACGGCUUUCUCCUUGGAUUUGCAAAGCUGAUGACACUGGAUUUGGAAGGCUGCGAUAUUUCCUCCAUAGGACCAGCGGCGCUCCAGCGCAAUGCAAAGAGCUCUGCGUCACACACACUAAGUCUGGUUUUGACCCGCAACCGCAUCGAAAGCAUCGACGGGACCGUUUUAAUUUCCAGCCGCUCGCGUUGACAAUUUUGUCGCUGUACCUCCAAAGGCAAGAACCGGGACUGGGUUCCAUCCAGUGCUCCACCAACUUCACCUUCACGAGAACGGUCAAUUCAGUGUGGUUGGGCAGGAACAGCUUACCAUCCCUACCGCAGUGUGUCGUCGAUUCGCUGAAGGACGUGGCAUAUAUUGACGUGCACAAGAGCCCCUUCUGCCCGACGGACGGAAGUUGCGGCUGUCCUGAGAUGGUGCCCUUUCUGCGCUUUGCGCGCAACAACUCCACAGUGAACGUCGUGUCCGCCUUCACGUGCGGCACCUCACGCAGUCGGCGCUCGUGAACCAGGAGACAUUUGCCGCCCAAUUCACCCUACAGUAACGGGGUAUCAGGACUGGUACAUACCACGUGGUCGAUCGUGGUUGGGGCCGCUCUGUUGUUUUAUGCCACUUCGUAAAAAGUUUAUGACUCGUGUACGUGUACAACUCGGCACAUCCACGUUUAAACGGUUCAUGUUUGUGCAGAUAGAAUGCUUGAUAACCUGACAAGCGACGUGAGAAGUACUCGUACUUACUGUUGGAUAUCGCUAUAUCUUUUUGUACUACCUUUUACGCUUUUACAGAGGUCUUCUUAAUUUACCCUCCACGUCUUGGUGUAAGCAUGUUGUACGUUUUUAAUGCCUUAAUUUUCGUGGAUGCAUAUGUAUGAAACUGGUAUCAUGUACCGGGUCAUUCCCCUUAAUAUCUUUUAAACCACGAAAAAAAUUCCU